AUGAUGAUAAUUUAAACUCUAUAUUUUUUUAAUUCAUAUUAAACCUUUUUAAAAAUUCUACAUUAAUUUUAUUUAAAAAUUUUUAUCUUUGAUUAUUUCAUAUUUAAUAAAAUAGCCCGCUUUAUUUAUUUAUUUUUUCUCAUAUUACUAAUUAUGAGUCAGCUACUUACCUACCUCGUUAGUAUAUACAUACAUAUAAUCAAUCAUUCAAAUAAUCACUUUUUAAUAUAAAUUAUUUAAACAAAUGAUCUAUCUAUUUUCUUCUAAGAAAAGCUGAAGUUGAUUUUGUAAUAACUUGAGUUAUAAAAAUAAAAUUAUCGUCUAACAUUAUUAUUUUCCUUUAUAUUUUUUUUGGAUGAAAAAAUUCAUUUAUUUUUGCAAUAAAGCUUAUUUAUUAUUCUAUUUAAAUCAUUUAAAAUUUUAUUUCUCAAUAAGAUCUAUCUAUAUUUCUAUUACUUUUUGUAAUUUAUUUUAUAAAAAAUAAUUUAUUAUUAUUAUUUUUAUCACUCAUUCUUUCAUUAAAUAAUAAAUAAUCUAAUAUUGAAUAAUAUAUUUUAUCGCUCAAUUAAAUUUAUUUAUUUUUACUUAUAUAAAAUAUUUAAUUAUCACUUUAAAAUAAAAACUUAUUCAGAUUUUAUAUUCUUGCAAUAACAUAUUUUAUUAUACAAAUUUACUUCUUUAUUCUUAUUUAUUGUUUUUUUUAAUAAUUUGAAGUUGUAUUUUUAUUUUUCACAUUCAAUAAAAUAUUUUAAAGCAUUAAAAACCUGA